GCUGUUGCUGCUGUUGUUAGUCUUCGAAAGAGGCUGCAUCAAAAGAGACGCACGUUCGACAAAAAGUAAUCGCGGGAAGGUUUUUAGACAAAGAGGAUGCCAAGGAAGGUACAUGAAGAGGGUGAAUGUCAGUUAUCUUGCUUGCUAUGCAGAUCAGGAAGACAAUCUAUUUCAACUUUAGAAAGAGCUGAACAGAGAAAGGUUGAGUGGCCAAGCCCAACUUUGAAUCCUCCUGAUUUCAAGGACCCACAUUCAUUUACAACAAUAGAUGAUGCGUUUGGAACUGUGAUGCAGUUUAUGAGUAUGACUACAAGUCAAUGCAAGAGGUACUAUAGAUCAAAAAACCGAAAUCUGAGUGAGGAGGAUAAUAAACACUGUCAACAGUUCCAUACACAUCAACAAAAAAGACUGAAAGAUAGAAAUCCACUUCAGCAACAUGAAGGUGUACAACUUGAGAUGGCUCCUGGAACCUAUGCAGUCAGCGCAGGCAAAUGGGGUGCAGAGAGAAGCCAUACUCAUGUGGUGCAUAUAUCACCAGGGCAGACUAUUGACCUAACAUUUGGAAUAUAGGGUAACUGCUCUACCAGCAGUAUUUGCUACUCUCUGUCUUUACAUGCUUUUUAUCUGAAAGAACAAUUUUCACCAAACAUUGAACUGCCUAAUAACUGUUGCAUUUUUAAAACAUUAAGUUUAUAUAAUUUAUAAAACUGUAACUAAUCAUGUAAUAUAACUUUUCUAAUCAUAUUAAUUUAUAUUAUGAUAAUUUUGUAUUUCAA